UGUGUGUGAGACAGAGAGAGACGCAGAGCCAAGUCCAAGGCAAAGAGCGAGAGAGGCGAGAGACAGGGGAAGAAGCGUGCGGGAGAAGCCUGCCGGAGCAGCCCUGCAGUGAGCUGCCUUCUGUUUUCUUUCCUUUUAUUUUUCAUUUUUAUUUUUUUUAAAGAGGAGCCAGGGACAGAAGCCAUGGCGGAGGGAGAAGACACGCAGAGGUGCUGGUGACCGUGGGCGGCCGAGGGGGCUCUUGGGGCUGCCAGUUGCACGGGACUCCCCGCGUCUCAGCCAAUGAAGAGGACACCAGGCAGCGAGAGCAGAGUGGUUUAGAAAGCCCCCAGCGAGUGUAGACGGAAGGGCAAGCAUGGAUGGAGUGCCUGGGGGACGAGGGUGCCCCGUGUUGCCCCCACCUUUAGCCGGCCCAGCAGCUGCCCAGCCCUGCCCAUCCCCACCUACUCACUGGUGAUCUGACUUUUCUGUUUUUCUUUUUCUUUAAUAUUAUCCCUCCCCCCCUCCUUUUUUUUUGUUCCUGUUCUCCCUCCCUCUUCUCCUUCAGGGCAAGGCGAGGGUUUUGAUUUUUGGGACCCGGCCACGGUCCUUCCGUGCCCUCUUUAAAAUACCCGCUUUCUCCCCAUCGCCAAGUGGCGUUUGGCAAUAUCAGAUAUCCGCUCUAUUUAUUUUUACCUAAGGAAAAACUCCAGCUCGCUUCCCACUCCCAGCUGCCUCGCCACCCCUCCCAGCCCUCCGCGUGCCCAGCAGAACCUGUUUAGACACAUGGGCGAGAAUCGCGGCGCACCGAGGCACACAGUCCGCUCCGCCGGCCUCGGGGCUGCCAGCGCUUCCUGGAAGUCUGCAGCUCGCGCAGUGCAGUGAGUUCAUGCACCUUCUUGCCAAGCCUCAGUCUUUGGGAUCUGGGGAGGCCGCCUGGUUUCCCUCCCUCCUUCUGCACGUCUGCCGGGGUCUCCUCCUCUCCAGGCCGCGCCGCCCCCCCUGGCCUCUCUCCCCGGCUCGCCCCAUGAAGAUGCACUUGCAAAGGGCUCUGGUGGUCCUGGCCCUGCUGAACUUUGCCACGGUCAGCCUCUCUCUGUCCACUUGCACCACCUUGGACUUCGGCCACAUCAAAAAGAAGAGAGUGGAAGCCAUUAGGGGACAGAUCUUGAGCAAGCUCAGGCUCACCAGCCCCCCUGAGCCGUCGGUGAUGACCCACGUCCCCUACCAGGUCCUGGCCCUUUAUAACAGCACUCGGGAGCUGCUGGAGGAGCUGCAGGCAGAGAGGGAGGAAGGCUGCACUCAGGAAAACACCGAGUCGGAAUACUAUGCCAAAGAGAUCCAUAAAUUCGACAUGAUCCAGGGACUGGCGGAGCACAACGAGCUGGCCGUGUGUCCCAAAGGAAUCACCUCCAAGGUUUUCCGCUUCAACGUGUCCUCAGUGGAGAAGAACGGAACCAACCUGUUCCGGGCAGAAUUCCGGGUCUUGCGUGUGCCCAACCCCAGCUCCAAGCGCAACGAGCAGAGGAUUGAGCUCUUCCAGAUCCUCCGGCCGGAUGAGCACAUCGCCAAGCAGCGCUACAUCGGCGGCAAGAAUCUGCCCACGCGGGGCACCGCCGAGUGGCUGUCCUUUGACGUCACGGACACCGUGCGCGAGUGGCUGCUGCGAAGAGAGUCCAACUUGGGUCUGGAGAUCAGCAUUCAUUGUCCGUGCCACACCUUUCAGCCCAACGGAGACAUCCUGGAAAACAUUCACGAGGUGAUGGAAAUAAAAUUCAAAGGCGUGGACAACGAGGACGACCACGGCCGUGGCGAUCUAGGGCGGCUCAAGAAGCAGAAGGAUCACCACAACCCUCACCUCAUCCUCAUGAUGAUUCCACCGCACCGGCUCGGCAGCCCGGGCCAGGGCGCACAGAGGAAGAAGCGGGCCCUGGACACCAAUUACUGCUUCCGCAACUUGGAGGAGAACUGCUGUGUGCGUCCACUCUACAUUGACUUCCGCCAGGAUCUGGGCUGGAAAUGGGUCCACGAACCCAAGGGCUACUACGCCAACUUCUGCUCUGGCCCGUGCCCAUACCUCCGCAGUGCAGACACCACCCACAGCACGGUGCUGGGACUCUACAACACCCUGAACCCGGAAGCCUCGGCCUCGCCCUGCUGCGUCCCUCAGGACUUGGAGCCCCUGACCAUCCUGUACUACGUCGGGAGGACCCCCAAGGUGGAGCAGCUCUCCAACAUGGUGGUGAAGUCCUGCAAGUGCAGCUGAGGCCCGCGUGCGACGGAGGAGAGCGAGGUGCCGCUGCCCGACUGCCCGCUGCUCGGGGACACACACGCUGCAGACCUGGCCCGAGGCCUCCGGCUCCAGGCGGACGGCUGAGCCGGGGGUCUCCUUUCUGGAACAUUUCUCUUUCUUGCUGGCUCUGAGGAUCGCUGUGCUAAAGGAAGUGUGGGUUUGGUUAGGGGAAGGCCGGACUCUCGAGGGCACAGAUUUUUCUGUGAUGCGGACAGAGGUGGUGGGGACGGAGGAAGAGGGAUGGCAAGUCGCCCUGUCGUAUGGCAGUGGGAUUGGGGCUACGGUGGGGUGGAGGCAGGGCCAAGAACGGCCGGGUUGGGGCCAGUCUGGAAGACACUCGGGACCGGAGGCCAGGUUUGCUCCCUGUGGGACCACAUCCUCUCUAGGGAAUCAGGGUGGCGUCCUACAGGCCAAGCAGCUGUCUUCAGACAGGUCACCCAGGAGUGUCUCCUACCACUGGGGAGUAAGGGCAGGUCUUUUGUUUUGCAAAUUGUCCUUUCUACAUCCAUCAGCAAAUCCAGGUAAUGUAGUUCCCGGGCCAGCCACUCAACCGGGCCCAAGGGAGACGCUGCACUCAGAAGCCAAGGGUGGGCAUCAGCCCCCUCCCGUCUGCCCUGUGGGUCCCUCUUCCCACCUCCUUCCGCGGCCGAAUCCCGCUUGGGGCGUUCGGCUGGACACCUUGCAGGUCAGGCUGCACGUAUCUGGAUUCGGGGGCGCCAGGGCCUCCCGCCCCGAGCCCCCCAGACCCUGUGUUCAUUUGGUGUUCCUGGAAGCAGGUGCUACGGCCCAGUGGCAGUCGGGGCAGCUGCAUGUGUGCCACACAGUGACUUGGGCCCAGACGCAUAGACUGAGGUAUAAAGACAAAUACAAAUAUUACUCUCAAAACCUUUGUAUAAAUAUUUUUGGGGAAGCUUGGAUGAUUUCAUCUUCUGGAAGAUUGUUUCUAGAACAGUAAAAAGCCUUCUUCUAAGGUC